AUGGAAGAUGGCUCGGUCUACUACUAUGCAAAUCCUGGAGGAAAGGAUGAAAGAUGGUGUGUUGGCAAGUUGCCGAGUAGUCACAAGGUGGAGGAUAUUGGAAAGAUACUCAAGGAAAUUGGAGAUCCUGAUGGCAGUAGUCAAAUUAGAGACGGGGCUGUUUUUCAACGAACCACUUCUAGCUCUGGAACAGUUAGGCUUUAUCUCAGAACACUACCAACUAUGCCUGUGAGUCCGGACAAAGUAGUAAUAAUGAGAAAUACGCCCUAA